AUGUGGGCGGACAGCUUUGCGCGGCGGAGGUGGAUCCGCCAGACGUGGAAGACAUACUCGAACGUGGGCCGCACGAUGCAUGUUGUCUUCAUCGUCGGCAUGCUCCAGAGCGACCUCUCUCCCAUCCCGGGCGAGGUGGAACAGAAGCUGCGCGCCGAGGCGGCCGAGCACGGAGACUUGCUGCUGCUCGACGAUGUGCCGGAGCGAAAAUCGCCCUGCCUCAAGACGAUGGCGUGGUUCCGCCACGCCGUGCACACCUACUCGGGCGCCACCUUCAUCGCCAAGACCGACGACGACGCGUUUGUGCAGACCAUCAAGCUCGAGGCAAACAUCCGCCCUUUCACACAGACGCCGCGCGUAUACAUUGGCUCGACGCUCUGGGGCUCGUUCGUCACAAAGACAUUCGAGCCUUGCGCGCGGCGGAUGGGGCCGAAUAUGUGCGCCGGCGGGAUGAAGGAGGAAAACUGCGUCCAAAAGGGCGCAAUCGGGCCGUACCCGUACGCGGUGCUCUCUUACGGCGUCGCUGCAUGGAUGGUGCAGCAGGACGCCUUCCUCGACUUUGAGCAACGAGCGACUGCCGCGACGCGACCGCCGAUGAUGACGCAGGGCGAGGACAUGGUGAUAGGCAUGUUCCUCUACCUAUCGCCUUGGCCGCUGAUGCCGCUGCACUGGGGCUGGGACAAGCUGCACGACCUGUGCUUCAAGUGCACUCGCAAGGACCAGAUCUGGCGGCCAAUCACCGUCCAGACCGUCGUCGCCCACCACAUUGCAAAUGAGCAGAUUAUCACGGAGGUUUUCCGCAACAUCACGCACGGCAGCCACUUCGACCCGCGCCCGUGCGACGACGCCUGCCAGCAGAAGCUGCUGCCGUUCGAAGUGACCAGCCUCGAAGACCUGUGCAGCCGAGCGGGCGGCAGCAUCCGCAAAGUGUACAGCAAAUGCGCACUCGUGCCGAAAUAG